AUGUGGAUCACUCUUCAAAUCUGCCUGUAUCUGUCUUUUAACUGUGUCUCUGCAGCUUCAGUCCUCAGUUCAGGCAUCUGUCAGCUCCAGGGACACUUCAAAUUAAAUGGGAUGUUCCAGGAUGGAGAUCUUAUACUUGGAGGUCUGUUUGAGGUUCACUUCCUCACAGUGUUCCCAGAGCUGAGCUUCAGAAUGGAACCGGAACCACCUUACUGUGAACAGUUUGAUAAGGCAAGUUUCCAGCAGGCACAGACUAUGGCCUUUGCUAUAGAUGAGAUCAAUAAGAAUCCAAACCUGCUUCCUAACAUCACUCUUGGAUACCAUCUUUAUGACAAUUGUGUAAAGUUGGGAGUGGCAUUCAGAGCUGCUACAGCUCUGGUUAGUGGGACAGAUGAUUCCUUCUCUAACCUAAACUGUGUUGGCCUACCUCCAGUGAUUGCUAUUGUGGGGGACCCGGGGUCUACUCACUCAAUUGCAAUCUCCAGUGUACUGGGACUGUUUAGAGUGCCUAUGGUUAGCUACUUUGCCACCUGCUCCUGUUUGAGUGACAGGAAAAAGUACCCCUCUUUCUUCAGAACAAUACCCAGUGAUGCCUUCCAAGUGCAGGCUAUGGUUCAGAUCUUGAGGUAUUUUGAAUGGACCUGGGUUGGUCUUCUCUACAGUGAUGAUGACUAUGGCAUCCAUGCCUCUCAGUCAUUCCACAAAGAUGUGCAGCUAUUUGGAGGUUGUGUUGGCUUUUCUGAAAUGCUGCCUCGUGAUAAUAACAGUAAAGAUAUUCAGAGGAUAGUGCGAGUGGUUCAGGCCUCUACAGCUAGAGUGGUGGUGGUGUUCUCCACCGAAGCAUAUUUGUUACCACUGAUGCAUGAGGUGGUAUUGCAAAAUUUGACAGGCAGACAGUGGAUUGCAAGUGAAGCUUGGGCUACUUCACCAGUGUUUCACACUCAACGUCUUUUGCCUUUCCUGGGGGGCACACUGGGAAUUGCUAUAAGGCGUGGUGAGAUCCAGGGACUUCGUAAAUUUCUUUAUAACCUCCGCCCUGACAACAAUCCAAGAAACAAUAUGGUUCGAAUCUUCUGGGAAAACAUGUUCGGGUGCAGUUUUGAUGCUGAAGGCAAAGAGGUAGAGGGAGAAAAAAUGGGUUGUUCAGGGCAGGAAGAUCUGAACUGCACAGAAACAGCAUACACUGAUGUUUCAGAGCUGAGGGCAUCAUAUAAUGUGUAUAAAGCAGUUUAUGCCCUUGCACAUGCGCUUCAUGACCUGAUGCAGUGUGAGGAGGGCAGAGGACCAUUUAGUGGAAACAGAUGUGCUGAGAUAAUCAACCUGCAGCCCUGGCAGGUAGCCCAUUACCUACAGAAAGUGAACUUCACCACUGGCUUUGGGGAUCAUGUUUCAUUUGAUAAGAAUGGAGAUGCUCUGGCCAUCUAUGAUGUGAUGAACUGGCAGCCGAGUUCAGAUGGUGCGAUAAGGGUCAGCACAGUUGGUGUAGUAAAUGAAGGGGCUACAGCAGGGAAUGUGCUCACACUAAAUGACGAUGAAAUAUUCUGGAAUUUUGAGAACAAAAAACCCCCACUGUCUGUGUGCAGUGAGAGUUGCCCCCUAGGCACCAGACGAGCCAGGAAGAAGGGUCUUCCCGUCUGCUGUUUUGACUGCCUGCCAUGCGGAGAUGGAGAGAUUUCAAAUACAAAAGAUGCUAUUGAGUGCACAACAUGUCCAGAUGAGUUUUGGUCGAGUCCAAAUAAAGAUCGGUGUGUCCCCAAAGAAGUAGAGUAUCUGUCAUAUGAGGAACCUCUGGGCAUCUCUCUGACCACUGCAUCUCUGCUUGGCACCUGUUUCUGCGCACUUGUGAUGGUCCUCUUCGCUCAUCACCGUAGCACUCCUGUAGUACGCGCCAACAAUUCAGAGCUCAGCUUUCUGCUGCUGUUGUCACUCAAACUGUGUUUUCUAUGUGUUCUAUUGUUUAUUGGCCGGCCACAGGUGUGGACAUGUCAAUUAAGACAUGCUGCAUUUGGCAUAAGCUUUGUCCUGUGCGUCUCCAGCAUCCUGGUCAAGACUAUGGUGGUAAUAGCUGUGUUCAAGUCAUCUCGACCUGAGGGUAAAAGUGUCAUGAAAUGGUUUGGUGUAGCUCAACAAAGAGGCACUGUCAUGUCCCUAACUGCACUUCAGGUUCUGAUAUGCAUAGUAUGGUUAACCACUUCAUCCCCAACACCCUAUAAAAACAGCCAGUAUGUCACCUCUAAAAUAGUCUACGAAUGUUCUAUUGGCUCAGUGGCUGGUUUUUCUCUACUGCUGGGAUACAUUGGCCUCCUGGCAGCAGUAAGUUUCCUCUUAGCCUUCCUGGCAAGAAACCUUCCAGAUAAUUUUAAUGAAGCCAAAUUCAUUACCUUCAGUAUGUUGAUCUUCUGUGCUGUGUGGAUUGCAUUUGUUCCAGCAUAUGUGAGCUCUCCAGGGAAAUAUGCAGUGGCUGUGGAAAUAUUUGCUAUUUUAGCUUCUAGUUUUGGAUUAUUGGUGGCCAUAUUUGCCCCAAAAUGCUACAUCAUCCUUUUACAUCCAGAGAGAAACACUAAAAAAGUCAUCAUGGGAAGAGCCACACAACAUAAAUAGUUUAGACAUUUACAUUGAGGAAAAACUAGACAU